UUUGAAACUGUCUUUCAUUCUUGUGCCCUGUAGGAGAACACAGCUUCUGAGGGGGUAUUCCAGCAGGUUCUUGGCCAUGUCUCCCAGGCCUAGUGUUGAGCUCACAGGGUGCUUCUGGCCAGAAGUGAGCUGCAGGUCUUUGUGUUGGUCAUCGUCAUCAUUGCUGUGAGAUCUGCCUGUCUGUUGACCCCUGACCCCGCAGUUCCUGUUAUCACCCAAUCAUCAUGGCCCCUGUGCCACCUGGCAUCCGCUUCCUGGCCUCCUUCAACAGAGACCAGUGGUGAGUUUUGUAUGUCUGUCUGUCAGAUCAAUACGUUCUGUUGGUUUGUGCCCCUACUCUGUUUUUUAGGGGUAUUUGUCAGUACAGGACUGGCUUACACGUGAACUUAGUUGUAAAUUGUUGAUGACUUAUCAUGAAGAGACCUCAGGGCUCAAGCCAUACUGUUCAUGUGUGUGCCUGUGCAGGAUUGUACAUGUGAAUGUGUGUCUGUGCUUGUAGCCGUUUCUAUUUAGUCCUAAUUAUGUGUUUUCUGCGAGAGAGUGAAUUGGCCGGGUCACAGAGAAAGAGAGCGAGAGCACUGUGCAACUAACACAACGGUCCUCUAAGUUCCCAUACAUCAUGUAGAGGAGGGCAUACGCACCAUCUACUGUAUGUGGCAUAGCCCUGUAUACGUACAGGCUGCUUAAUGAUCACGUAUCCCGUUCAUUAUUAGGGCCAGGAGUUGUUCCUGCUCAGGUCACAUGGUUAGGAAAAACUCCUGAUCCUAUUUAUUAUCAAGAGAAAGAGUGGGGAACCAUGUUCUGAACCUGACUUCGAAGUAUUUCUUAGAGCUUUAUCACAUUUCAUUGCGUUCAUACUGAUUGUUAUACUGUGCGAGUGACAGUGGCAUGCUGAAAUCGAGGUUGUAAACCUUUGUCCCUGUGUGGCUGUAGCCAGUAUAGUCUCCCUCUGCUCAGUCUCUAUAUGUACAGUAUGUCUGGUCCUAUCAGAGAGUUGGAGCUGGGACAGUGGUGGUGUUCUGUGGUAUCACAGAGCCACUGACAUGUUUUUCACUAAAUUACUGCCAACAGGGAAGAUACAUUGCCAGUGUCCUAACUGUCCCCUUCCUGUCCUGUCUUGUGAACACAACCCCCUCCCCACUAGACACACAGAGAGAGAGAUACAAACACACACACAUGCUGUUGUGAAUGUGCCUAGGCAAUCAGGGAAUCUUCCCUCUGGCUACUUUCCACCCCUAACAAUUGGUCUGUAGGGAUGGUUUAUUUUUUUAUUUUUUUUGUCAUUUAGCAGACGCUCUUAUCCAGAGCGACUUACAUGAGCAAUUAGGGUUAAGUGCCUUGCUCAAGGGCACAUCAGCAGAUUUUUCACCUAGUCGGCUUGGGGAUUAGAACCAGCGACCUUUCGGUUACUGGCACAACGCUCUUAAACACUAAGCUACCUGCCGUGGGGUUAAGAUGUCAAGACUGCCAUAAAUUGCUGUGUUUGGCUAGGUCAGGGGCAGACCCACGUCGAGGUGGCUGUGUUUGGCUAGGUCAGGGGGUAGACGCGUCCAGAUAUGUCAAACUCGAUUUGUUUGCCAAUUGCACAAGUCCCCAAGGAAAUGACUGAGUGGGAAAAUUAAAGGAACGGCACAUCCUGGCCUUUGUUAUCCUUACCAGUUCUCACUGUGUACUUUUAACAUUGAAUUAUUUUGCAAAGAUUAGCAAAUUCCUUUGAUUGUGUAGGUGUAGCUAUCCUCCCAGGUGAAAUGUUUGAUCUCCAUUCAGCUCGUUUACGCCACUAUAAAAGAAGCCAGCCAGUCAGUUCAGCCAAGAGGUCCAAAGUCCAGUUGUCCUCCACCCCCUCAGAAUAUAAGUUAACAUCAACAACAUAUCUAAGGACAGAUCUAGGAUCAGAUUACCCUAAAUCCAAACCUCACAUUGACCAUUGCGAGAAUGAAACGAGAUCUCACCCUGUAUCAGUCGUCAGGGAUGAAUGCUACCCACUGACUACCUCCUCCCGUCCAGCCCUUCUCACUGCUGCCCCCUUGUGUUGUCCCCCUCCAGGUACCGAGCCUUCACAUUUGGCCUCACCUUCCUUCUGUACACCAGCUUCCACCUGUCCAGAAGACCCAUCAGCAUCGUCAAGGUAACAUAAACACACACACACAGACAGACACACUGAUGUAUCCUAUAGGGAAUUUGCUGUACUAUACUGGCAUAACACAUAAUAAGAGAUUUACUCACUAAACACUCCUCUCCACACAUUAAAUAUACAGUGGGGAGAACAAGUAUUUGAUACACUGCCAAUUUUGCAGGUUUUCCUACUUACAUAGCAUGUAGAGGUCUGUAAUUUUUAUCAUAGGUACACUUCAACUGCGAGAGACGGAAUCUAAAACAAAAAUCCAGAAAAUCACAUUGUAUGAUUUUUAAGUAAUUAAUUAGCAUUUUAUUGCAUGACAUAAGUAUUUGAUACAUCAGAAAAGCAGAAAUUAAUAUUUGGUACAGAAACCUUUGUUUGCAAUUACAGAGAUCAUACGUUUCCUGUAGGUCUUGACCAGGUUUGCACACAUUGCAGCAGGGAUUUUGGCCCACUCCUCCAUAUAGACCUUCUCCAGAUCCUUCAGGUUUCGGGGCUGUCGCUGGGCAAUACGGACUUUCAGCUCCCUCCAAAGAUUUUCUAUUGGGUUCAGGUCUGGAGACUGGCUAGGCCACUCCAGGACCUUGAGAUGCUUCUUACGGAGCCACUCCUUAGUUGCCCUGGCUGUGUGUUUUGGGUCGUUGUCAUGCUGGAAGACCCAGCCACGACCCAUCUUCAAUGCUCUUACUGAGGGAAGGAGGUUGUUGGCCAAGAUCUUGCGAUACAUGGCCCCAUCCAUCCUCCCCUCAAUACGGUGCAGUUGUCCUGUCCCCUUUGCAGAAAAGCAUCCCCAAAGAAUGAUGUUUCCACCUCCAUGCUUCACGGUUGGGAUGGUGUUCUUGGGGUUGUAUUCAUCCUUCUUCUUCCUCCAAACACGGCGAGUGGAGUUUAGACCAAAAAGCUCUAUUUUUGUCUCAUCAGACCACAUGACCUUCUCCCAUUCCUCCUCUGGAUCAUCCAGAUGGUCAUUGGCAAACUUCAGACGCAGGGGGACCUUGCGUGCGCUGCAGGAUUUUAAUCCAUGACGGCGUAGUGUGUUACUAAUGGUUUUCUUUGAGACUGUGGUCCCAGCUCUCUUCAGGUCAUUGACCAGGUCCUGCCGUGUAGUUCUGGGCUGAUCCCUCACCUUCCUCAUGAUCAUUGAUGCCCCACGAGGUGAGAUCUUGCAUGGAGCCCCAGACCAAGGGUGAUUGACCGUCAUCUUGAACUUCUUCCAUUUUCUAAUAAUUGCACCAACAGUUGUUACCUUCUCACCAAGCUGCUUGCCUAUUGUCCUGUAGCCCAUCCCAGCCUAGUGCAGGUCUACAAUUUUAUCCCUGAUGUCCUUACACAGCUCUCUGGUCUUGGCCAUUGUGGAGAGGUUGGAGUCUGUUUGAGUGUGUGGACAGGUGUCUUUUAUACAGGUAACGAGUUCAAACAGGUGCAGUUAAUACAGGUAAUGAGUGGAGAACAGGAGGGCUUCUUAAAGAAAAACUAACAGGUCUGUAAGAGCCAGAAUUCUUACUGGUUGGUAGGUGAUCAAAUACUUAUUUUAUGCAAUAAAAUGCAAAUUAAUUACUUAAAAAUCAUACAAUGUGAUUUUCUGGAUCCGUCUCUCACAGUUGAAGUGUACCUAUGAUAAAAAUUACAGACCUCUACAUGCUUUGUAAGUAGGAAAACCUGCAAAAUCGGCAGUGUAUCAAAUACUUGUUCUCCCCACUGUAUGUUGGGUUUACUGUAGUUUGUGCUUUUUUCAGUGUGUGCACACAUGAAUGUUUGCUCAUUCUGAUUAUUUGUUCCACAGAGUGAGCUACAUAAGAACUGCUCAGCUCUCAAUGAGCUCUCCACAGCCAGUAGUAGCCAGCUGUCUAACCUCCACACAGAUGCAGAGUGCAGCUGGAAACCCUUUGGUGAGACCCCACUCAACCCUUGUUCUCCCCCUCUUUCAUCCUCCUCUCAAUCCCACUUUCUCUACUACAUUCUAUGCAUCCUCUAUCCCUACACUUAUCACUAAUCACAUAUUUUUUUACUAUUCAUUCACACAUUGUUGUCGAUCCCCAUAACCAAACCCAGGAGCCUGUAUUCAGAUGAGUUGUCCUUGGUUGAAUUGAUGUCAUUCUCAUGUAAAACUACCUCCAUAUCCAGAUAAAAGCAACUAUAAGCAGCUGCUGGGAGCCGUGGACUACUCCUUCCUCUGUGCCUAUGCUGUGGGCAUGUUCCUCAGGUAAGGCUAAAACUAGGCAGUCCACUUUACCUGAUCAGGAAAACCUCUGGGCUCUAGUUAUCGGCUAAAGCUCUUCCCCAUCUCUUGUCCGCCAGUCAGUCAGUCAUUAAAUCUGCAGGCAGAGUCUAUGGGUGUUGCGGUGACCGUAUUACUGCCACACCGGUGGUCAUGAAGGCAGUCAAAUUCCACAUGACUGUUUAGUUACGGUAAUUAGGCUUCUCCAAGCUCAUAUGCUCAGCUGGUAGAGCACGGAGCUUGUAACGCCAAGGUAGUGGGUUCGAUCCCCGGGACCACCCAUACACAAAAAUGUAUGCACGCAUGACUGUAAGUCGCUUUGGAUAAAAGCGUCUGCUAAAUGGCAUAUUAUUAUUAUAUUAUUAUAUGCUGCUGAUGGUCAUUAGUAGCCUACCAAACUUGCGAACUACCUGGUACUCAGCACUCUAUUGUCCCUCUAAUCACUCUGACAUCAAUGCAAAUGUAAUUGAAAAUCUAAUCAAACACUUCAUGAGAGCUCAUGUUGCGCAACAUUUCUAUAGGCUAUGCAAAUGCAUGAGAAAACAGCGUGAUGGCCUCUAUUAAAAAGAGGAGGAUCCCAUCAGCUUUCUAUAGGCUAGGCCUACUAUAUUUAUUUCUCAAUUUUCCUAAUAUUAAGCACAUUGCUUAUCUUUACAACAGGAGUUAAACCUACCUGGCUGGCAUGAAAAAGAACCACGGGAAAAGCAUCCGCCAUUCGCUAUUUAAGAGCAUAGAUGACAUGUAUUUUUUCCCCUGCCCCUGUUUCGAGACAGGUGCACGAUAAUGGUCCAUUCUAAAUCAAAACAAAUUUCACACAUAUGUUAUUUAGUAUAUGUAAAGACAAGAUUAAAUCAAGAAUAGUCUGAUGGGUGACAAUAUUAGCCUAUCACUUGUGAAUUAUAUGUUAUCACUUGUGAAUGAUGCCCAGCAUAAGGCUAGAAACAAUGCCUUUUUUUGCAACUUUUGACAUUUACAUUUAAGUCAUUUAGCAGACGCUCUUAUCCAGAGCGACUUACAGUUAGUGAGUGCAUACAUUUAUUUUUAUUGAUAAAAAAAAUUAAAAAAUUCUAAUCAUAGUCACACACCUCAUGUAGCCUAGCCCAUAGGCCUAAAUGUUUUGAUAAGGUUUGUAUCACAACUAAAGUGGCCAAACAAUUUCUUAAAAUUAAGCACAUUAAUCUGCUUUACAAAGGGUGUAGAGCCUAACUGGCAAACAUAAGCAGCGCAUGAAUUUCAAGUUUGGGGACGAUUAUUUUCACCAAAGAAAUGCACCUUUAUAAUAAAAGCAUUACAUGCAUAAUCGCAUUUGGGGUCACUUUUGAUAAUGGUGUUUUCCCGCUAAUGGAACAAUCGCGCUUAUAGCCACUGGCCGCAAAAGGCAUGACUUUUUUUAGGGUGCGUUACGGCCACACAAAGGGGACGCCGGGAAAUUUGAGGCAUUAACAAGUGUGUACAGCCUGUGCAAAAAACUAAGCAGAGCUCAUGCCUUUUCAAGCAACUUUUUUCAAAUCAUCAUUAGUCACAUCAUGCAGCCUUACAAUGUAUUAAAAAUCAAAACAUAUAGCCCAACGUUUGUAGAACAACUAAAGUUACAUGAAUAACUAGAAGCGUAAAGGAGUACCUAUUUCUUUGUUAACCGCUCAACACAGAAUAGCUGCAUGUGCACACUCCCUCAAAUCGUUUGGAGAAAAUAUCCUUUCUAUUUUAUUCAGCUUUGUUCAAUUGUAUUCUGCAUACUAUAAAAUAAUGCCAUGGAAUUCUAAGCAAAUCUUGUCUGCUAAAUGAACUAGUGUAGCCCACAGCCAUUCGGCAUAGCCAGAUCAGGACUAACAUAAGGACAACUCAGAGUAUCCUAUUCUGUUCUUCUGAAAUAGACUACAUUUUCUUCAUAUCAUGUUUAUUUUAGACCUGUCGAAAAUAAAUAAAUUAUGGAUUUAUUGUGAAGGUGUAGGCUAUAUUACAUGGAUUUAUUAGACUUUUUUAAAUGUGGAUGUUCCAAAGGUCUGCAUCAGUGGCUUGUAGGCUAUGUGUGGAAGCCAGGAGAUGCUAAAUGUGUUUAUGUUAAUUAACGGUCAAUUACCGUGAGACCAACAGUUAUUUGCUUGACAAUCACCGGCUAACUACAUUUUGUGACCGCCACAGCCCUAGCAGUCUCAAUUGGGUGUUCUUCGUUGGUGAGCAGACCCUGAUUUCAAGAAUUUUAACAGAUUUCAAUUAUUUUUUAGCCAGAUCCUAAUUGGGAUAUCGAAUUUUAUGUUCCUUUUGAUGGCGUUGAAGGCCCUUCUUGCCUUGUCUCUCAGAUCGUUCACAGCUUUGUGGAAGUUACCGGUGGUGUUGAUGUUUAGGCCGAGGUAGGUAUAGUUUUUGUGUGUGCUCUAGGGCAACGGUAUCUAGAUGGAAUUUGUAUUUGUGGUCCUGGCAACUGGAUCUUUUUUGGAACACAAUUAUUUUUGUCUUAGUGAGAUUCACUGUCAGGGCCCAGGUCUGACAUAAUCUGUACAGAAGAUCUAAUUACUGCUGUAGUCCCUCCUUGGUUGGGGACAGAAGCACCAGAUCAUCAGCAAACAGUAGACAUUUGACUUCAGAUUCUAGGAGGGUGAGGCUAGGUGCUGCAGACUUCUAGUGCCCUCGCCAAUGUUUUUAUAUAUAUGUUGAAGAGGUUGGGGUUCAAGCUGCAUCCUUGUCUCACCCCACGGCCCUGAGGAAAGAAAUCAGUGUGUUUUUUGCCAAUUUUAACCGCACACUUGUUUGUGUACAUGGAUUUUAUAAUGUUGUAUGUUUUUCUCCCAACACCGCUUUCCAUCAAUUUAUAUAGCAGACCCCUAUGUCAAAUUGAGUCAAGCUUUUUUGAAAUCUACAAAACAUGAGAAGACUUUGUUUUGUUUGUUUUUAGGGUGUGUUGUGUGAAUACGUGGUCUGCCAUACGGUAAUUUGGUAAAAAGCCAAUUUGAAAUUUGCUCAGGACGUUGUUUUCACUGAGGAAAUGUAGGAGUCUGCUGUUAAUGAUAAUGUAGAGAAUUUUCCAGAGGUUGCUGUUGAUGCAGAUCCCAUGGUAGUUAUUGGGGUCAAAUUUGUCUCCACAUUUGUAGAUUGGGGUGACCAGUCCUUGGUUCCAAAUAUUGGGGAAGAUGCCAGAGCUGAGGAUUGUGUUAAAGAGUUUUAAGUAUAGCAAAUUGGAAUUUGUGGUCUGUAUAUUUUUUAUCAUUUCAUUUAGGAUACCAUCAACACCACAGGCCUUUUUGGGUUUGAGUGUUUGUAUUUUGUCCUGUAGUUCAUUCAAUGUAAUUGGAGAAUCCAGUGGGUUCUGGUAGUCUUUAAUAACUGAUUCUAAGAUUUGUAAAUGAUCAUGUGUAUGUUUUUGCUGUUUGUUCUUUAUUUUAUAGUGCCAAAAAGAGAAGCGGUUUAUCCAUACAUCUCCAUUUUGGAUAGAUAGCUCUUCGUGUUGUUGUUUGUUUAGUGUGUUCCAAUUUUCCCAGAGGUGGUUAGAUUCUAUGGAUUCUUCAAUUACGUGCGCGUCCUUCUUUUUCCUUAGUGUAUUCCUGUACUGUUUUAGUGUUUCACCACAGUAAAGGCUUAGGUUUUCUUGGUCGCUGUGGUUUUGGUUGGAUAGAUUUCUACAUUUCUUUUAGGUUUUUGCAUUCUUCAUCAAACCAUUUGUCAUUGUUGUUAAUUUUCUUAGGUUGUCUGCUUGAAAUGUUUAGAUUUGAUGGGGAAGCGGAAAGGUCAAAUAUACAGUUUACACCUUCACUAUUGCAGUGAAACGUUUUGUCCAGAAAGUUGUCUAAAAGGGAUUGAAUUUGUUGUUGCCCAAUUGUUUUUUGGUAGGUUUCUUCACUACUUUCCUUCCAUCUAUAGCAUUUCUUAACAGUAUGCGUUUGUUUGGCUUUGAUGUCUCAUGAUUCAGUAUUGCUCUGUUCAAGUAGACUGUGAUUUUGCUGUGAUCUGAUAUGAGUGUCAGUGGGCUGACUGUGAACGCUCUGAGAGACUCUGGGUUGAGGUCAGUAAUAAAGUAAUCAACAGUACUACUGCUAAGGGAUGAGCUGUAGGUGUAUCUACCGUAGGAGUUCCCUCAAAGCCUACCAUUGACUAUGUACAGACCCAGUGUUGUGACCCAUUUUGUUGGUUGUUUUAUCGUAGUUGUGUCUAGGGGGGAAUAUCUCGCUCUUUUUUUUCCUCUCUCUUUUUGUCUUUCGCUCUCUCUCCUCUCACUCCCCCUUUCUCUCCCUCUCUCUCUUUUAGCCAUGAAAAGGUCCUCAUUCUGUCGCUUUGCAUUUCCACAGUGUUACAACAUGAACACAGUGUGCUUUUCAAGGACAGUGUUGCGUAACUAACUCUGUGCCCCAGCAAGGUCAAACAGCUUCUAGCCAAGCUUGUGGCGGGCUGGAUGUCAUGCUAAAUAGUGUUGGUUAUUUUAUUUUCAUUUAAUUCAAAACUGAUGUUUCGUUGUAUCAGGGGUAGAGAACAUUUUUCAAUAUGCCAGCCAAUUCUCAUGCUGAAUAUGCCAGCCAUUUUUGUCAGCCUGCAUUGGGCGCCGAGUGGCGCAGUGGUCUAAGGCUGUGCCACUAGAGAUCCUGGUUCGAAUCCAGGCUCUGUCGUAGCCGGCCGCGACCGGGAGACCCAUGGGGGGCGCACAAUUGGCCCAGCGUCGUCCAGGGUAGGGGAGGGAAUGGCCGGCAGGGAUGUAGCUCAGUUGGUAGAGCAUGGCGUUUGCAACGCCAGGGUUGUGGGUUCGAUUCCCACAGGGGGCCAGUAUGAAAAAAUUAAAUAAUGUAUGCACUCACUAACUGUAAGUCGCUCUGGAUAAGAGCGUCUGCUAAAUGACUUAAAUGUAAAUGUAAAAUGAAACUGGUCUUAUGCAUUGUUAAAAUGUCAUUGUGCGUCCUGCAGUGGCAUCAUCGGUGAACGCCUGCCCAUCCGUCUGUACCUGACGUUUGGCAUGCUGAUGAGCGGCCUCUUCACCUGUCUGUUUGGCCUGGGCUACAUCUACAACAUCCACAGCCUUGGCUUCUAUAUAUUUGUCCAGGUAAGUCACAAAGUGGACCUACUGUAACUACCUACACAUGUACAAUAUAAGUCAAGCCAUACAAAAUUGUUGGUCUGACAUUUCAUAGGAAGACAAGUUCAGAAUUCAGAGGUCAAAAGUUGUAUAUUCUGAAUGUUUUUCUAACUCUGUGUUUCUCCUCUGCCUCAGGUGGCUAAUGGCUUGGUUCAGACCACUGGCUGGCCCAGUGUUGUCACAUGCAUCGGGAACUGGUUUGGAAAGGGAAGGUAAGCCACGAGAUCUGUUGUUAAUGAAAUGAUUCCUCCAUAGUUCAGAUACACUGAAAUUAUAGGAGAUGCAUUGAAUAGAAAAUAGUUAUAGAAGAUACAUUGAAGUUAAAACAGGAUUCUAACUGGUUUGCCUGGUAGGAGGGGUCUGAUCAUGGGCCUGUUCACAUAAUAACACUAACCUAACCCUUUUUAUAACUGGUGUCUCCUACAGGAGGGGUCUGAUCAUGGGCAUAUGGAACUCCCACACCUCCGUGGGCAACAUCUUGGGCUCUCUGAUUGCAGGCUACUGGGUCUCCUCCAACUGGGGCCUGUCCUUCAUCGUUCCCGGCCUCGUCAUCGCUGCCAUGGGAAUCAUCUGCUUCCUCUUCCUCAUCGAACGUGAGUACUGCUAUGUGAUUGGUUGGAGGAGGAAGAGACUCGUCCCAUUUGCCUUUGAGUAGCUUCGAUGCUUGAUUUAUGCGAUGGUCAGAGUUUUGCAUGCUGAUAUUUACUGUGAUUUUGGUUUAAACUGUUCUUGGUUUUGUCUGUAGAUCCAAAUGAUCUUAGAAGCAUCCAUGCUGUACAGAACCCUGCUCCCUGCAGCAACAAUGUGAGUACUUAGGAUGUCUCGCUUGUUCUCAAAAGCAUCUCUAGUUAGUAUAGACAUAAUAUGAAGGACAUUUCAGAGGUAUAAAUUCACAGAUAUAUUCAUGAAUCACAGACCGUAAAAGCCCCACUUUGUUAUAUGCUUAGUCUAAAUGCCAUUUUGGAAAUGUGUGUCCGUGAGUGGGAUCAUUGUGUGGAUCACACGUCAUCAGAAUUUGCCUGGAUAGCAUCACAUCUGUCGCACAUCGCGCCCGGCAACCAUUUCCUAGACAACUGUCGUCCACUUUAGCUCCUUGUGUAGACGUAGAGUACCUGAGUGUCUCCGAGAGCGUGGGCUGGCUCUGGUAAAAAGGCCUCCCUGGAGACAGACACACAAAUCAAAAAGAGAUGAAACAUUAUGAACGUGGGCAGAUUCAUUGUAUAAGCUUUAUUUAGGGUUCUUCUUGAUUGACAGGUCUCAUUUUCAGUCUCCCACUCUACUAUGAACUGCAUUGCAGUUGUUUUCACUGGUAGCUGGUGGAACACCUACCAGUACAUUGUGGUAAACUAUAUUGUACUUUGUUUUUGUUUUUUGCUCAUGCAGCAAAAGCUGACAAAGAACUGGAAUGGGACGAAUGGACACAAGCAACUGUACCAUUCAUACAAACAGGGAGACAAAUAUCAGGUGUGCCUGUUUUUAUCGGAGUUUGUCUGUGUUUAUGUUAGUGUCUGUAUGUGGAUCUGUGUGUUAUUAACCCUUGUUUUUCCCCUCCAUCUCUCUCUCAGAACUGGGACACAGAUCUGCUGCUCCCUCAGGACAACAACAGCAGUGUGUCUGUCCCCGUACAGCAGGUGGCGGUGGUGAAGAGCGAAUCAGAGCCCUCGGCCAUCAGCUUCAUGGGAGCUCUACGCAUUCCGGUCAGUCACCUGACCUCUCACACCACCCAUAUCACAUACACACAAUAACAAAGGCCCAGGCCCUGUUCCCCAAAGCCAGGGGUGUCAAACUCAAUUCCUGGAGGGCCAUUUAUCUGCUGGUUUUUGUUAUUUCCUUUCAAUUCAUGUCCAAUUAAGACCUAGACAACCAGGUAAGGUGAGUUUCUAACUAAUAAAUUACCUUAAUUGAUCAAUCAAGUACCAGGGAGGGGCAAAAACCCGCAGAGGAGGACACUGGAAAAUGGCGACUGCUUGAAUCUCAAAGUGCAGCAAGUGAAGUGUGUGAUAAUGAAUGGAAAAUAGUGAAAUCAAAGAAUGGAACUAAACAAGCAGAAGAUGUAGCAGAAGAUGAGGACCUGCAUUUUUUGGACAAGGAGGUUCAUUUGGGAAAUCCAUUUGUAAUAUUGAGGACUGUGGAGAAAGCAGUGGGAAAGGUGGAUUCAAUCAAGGUGACUAGAAGCGGCCUCGUUUUGGUUAAUUGGAGUUAACCAAAGGAGUUAUGACUGGAGUCUCGUUGGAUAUACAGUACCUGUCAAAAGUUUGGACACACCUACUCAUUCAAGGGUUUUUCUUUAUUUUUACUAUUUUCUACAUUGUAGAAUAAUAGUGAAGACAUCAAAACUAUGAAAUAACACAUGGAAUCAUUUAGUAACCAAAAAAGUGUUAAACAAAUCAAAAUAUAUUUGAGAUUCAACAAAUAGCCACCCUUUGCCUUGAUGACAGCUUUGCACACUCUUGGCAUUCUCUCAACCAGCUUCACCUGGAAUGCUUCUCCAACAGUCUUGAAGGAGUUCCCACAUAUGCUGAGCACUUGUUGGCUGCUGUUCUUACACUCUGCGGUCCAACUCAUCCCAAACCAUCUCAAUUGGGUUGAGGUCGGGGGAUUGUGGAGGCAAGGUCAUCUGAUGCAGCACUCCAUCACUCUCCUUCUUGGUCAAAUAGACCUUACGCAGCCUGGAGGUGUGUUGGGUCAUUGUCCUGUUGAAAAACAAAUGAUAGUCCCACUAAGUGCAAACCAGAUGGGAUGGCGUAUCGCUGCAGAAUGCUGUGGUAGCCAUGCUGGUUAAGUGUGCCUUGAAUUCUAAAUAAAUCACAGACCGUGUCACCAGCAAAUCACCAUCACACCACCUCCUCCAUGCUUCACGGUGGGAACCACACAUGCAGAGAUAAUCCGUUCACCUACUCUGCGUCUCUCAAAGACAUGGCGGUUGGAACCAAAAAUCUCAAAUUUGGACUCAUCAGACCAAAGGACAUAUUUCCACCGGUCUAAUGUCCAUUGCUCGUGUUUCUUGGCCCUAGCAAGUCUCUUCUUGUUGGUGUCCUUUAGUAGUGGUUUCUUUGCAGCAAUUCGACCAUAAAGGCCUGAUCCACGCAGUCUCCUCUGAACAGUUGAUGUUGAGAUGUGUCUGUAACUUGAACUCUGAAGCAUUUAUUUGGGCUGCAAUUUCUGAGGCUGGUAACUCUAAUGAACUUAUCUUCUGCAGCAGAGGUAACUCUGGGUCUUCCUUUCCUGUGGCGGUCCUCAUGAGAGCCAGUUUCAUCAUAGCGCUUGAUGGUUUUUUCGACUGCACUUGAAGAAACUUUCAAAGUAAUGAUGGACUGUCGUUUCUCUUUGCUUAUUUGAACUGUUCUUGCCAUAAUAUGCACUUGGUCUUUUACCAAAUAGGGCUAUCUUCUGUAUACCACCUACCCCUACAUUGUCCCAACACAACUGAUUGGCUCAAAUGCAUUAAGAAGGAAAGAAAUUCCACAAAUUAACUUUUAACAAGGCACACCUGUUAAUUGAAAUGCAUUAUUGGUGACUACCUCAUGAAUCUGGUUGAGAGAAUGCCAAUAGUGUGCAAAGCUGUCAUCAAGGCAAAGGGUGGCUACUUUGAAGAAUCUCAAAUAUAAAAUAUAUUUUUUGGUUACUACAUGAUUCAAUAUGUGUUAUUUCAUAGUUUUGGUGUCUUCACUAUUAUUAUACAAUGUAGAAAAUAGUAAAAAUUAAGAAAAACCUUUGAAUGAGUAGGUGUGUCAACUUUUGACUGGUACUGUAGAUGACGAGUACUUUAGUCAGAAAAUCCCAGGAGUGUUCAGUGCACGUCGCAUGACCCGUAUGGUAAAUGGAAGGAAGGAGAAAAGCCUAUCGAUGUUGUUUGAGGAGAUUCUACCUGAAUAUGUGAAGCUUGGAUAUGUGAGGUAUGCGGUGAGAGCAUUUGUGUCCAAACCAUUACAGUGUGGGAAUUGUAAAGGAUAUGGUCACGUGUCAAAUGUUUGCGGAAGGGAGAAGUAAUGUAUUGAAGAAUCUGUCAAUGGAAAAUGUUGCAACUGUGGUGGGGAUCAUACUCCGGACUUCCUUGAGUGCCCUUUUAGGGUGAAUGAGGUUGAGGUGUCAAGGAUCAGGGCUGUACAGCAGAUCUCCUAUGUGGAGGUGGUGAAGAGAGUCGAAGGUGCAAGAGGCAACAGUGUUGAAAAUAUGGCGGUGGAUGCAUUGCAACCAGUUGCUAAUGUUUUAAGUUGAUCGAGUGAUCUGGAUACACUCAUUGUGAAAAAGGUAGAUUUUGUGGCAUUUAUAACCACAGUGAUUCAUUGUAAAGCACAAGUGUCUAAGAAGUCCAAGAAGCUGGACAUCAUAUCUGCAGCCAAUUUAGAUAAUUUUUUCUUACAGAAAAGCAGGUUGGUUUUGUUUAGUUCAUUUCUUUUUUGAUAGUGGGUAUGAUAUUUAAUGUAUUUUUACCCACAUUUAUUUCAUUUUUUGGGAUCCUUAUUAUCCACCCGCACAGUAGUAGGCAGAAUGCACAUCCAAUUGUUGUGAACGCCAUUAUACCAUAAAAGAAGAAGAGCCUGCAAACACAUGUGCCCUAUGCACUUAAAUAGAUCUGAAAUAAUUGCAUAGGUACUGUAUAAGCAACAGGGAAAACCCCUUGCCCUAAACAUACACCAUACAAGGUACCACGGCAUUCUAUUCUGGAGAAAUGUAUAGUUUUUUUUAUUUGUUGACAGUAUGCUUCUCUCUUUCUCUCUCCAGGGAGUAAUAGAGUUCUCGCUCUGUUUGCUGUUUGCCAAGCUGGUCAGCUACACCUUCCUCUUCUGGCUGCCACUCUACAUCACGAAAACAGGUAUGUACAUCACACUUCAACAGUGGUUCUGAACUGGUGGGUUGCGAAUAUUUUUUUAUUUUAAAAAUAAUUAUUAAACAUUUAUAAUCAGUUAAAAAUUUAUAUUAUAUUUUUUAUGAAAAUAUACUCCCGUCUGAGUUUAAACAACUAAUACCAGGUAGAAAGUGUGUAGAAAUUAUAAUGAACCUACAUUUAAAAAAAUUAAAAAAUUCUCUGAAAACGAUUAUUCUUCAUUCACAGUAUUUUCAAUAUAGAGUUAUAAGCAGCACUAUUUAGAUUUUUACAUUUUAGUCAUUUAGCAGACGCUCUUAUCCAGAGCGAUUUACAGUUAGUGAGUGCAUACAUUUUUCAUACUGGCCCCCCAUGGGAAUCAAACCCACAACCCUGGCGUUGCAAACGCCAUGCUCUACCAACUGAGCUACACGGGACACAGAUGAGUUUGUGGUCUCAAACAAGUGAGCUUGCCAACGUUCUUCAUCAAGAAUAUGAGCAAUAUGGAAUUAUUGACAAUUAAAAAGGUGGGAAUGUUGUUCCCUUGUCUAAUAUAAUUGCUACAUUUACUGUCAAUAUAGCAUUAUAGCAUUGUACUCCUGAGUGGCGCAGUGGUCUAAGGCACUGCAUCGCAGUGCUAACUGUGCCACUAGAGAUCCUGGUUCGAAUCCAGGCUCUGUCGCAGCCGGCCGCGACCGGGAGACUCAUGGGCGGCGCACAAUUGGCCCAGCGUCGUCCAGGGUAGGGGAGGGAAUGGCCGGCAGGGAUGUAGCUCAGUUGAUAGAGCAUGGCGUUUGUAACGCCAGGGUUGUGGGUUCGAUUCCAACGGGGGGCCAGUAUAAAAAAAUAUGUAUUCACUAACUGUAAGUCGCUCUGGAUAAGAGCGUCUGCUAAAUGACUAAAAUGUAAAUGUAAAUGUAAUUAAAAAUUAUUUUCCAGAUUGCAUUUUUCCCCAAAUAAGUUGCCAUACGAAUAUUGGGUUGCGACUGAGACAACCUGGUUCAAUUUGGGUGCCGACGCAAAAUCAGUUGAACCAUUACACUAGACUACACCAAAACCCUCACCCCCUGCUACAUCCAUAUAGGAACUCUGUCUGUUUGGUCAAGUAUACGGUACAUGAAUCCAGGGCAUUGUGGAGAGAUCUAUAAGAAGUGUCAGGGCAUUCAGUAUUUGUCCACUACCUGCUAGUCAUUGUCUGAUAGAUACAGUAUCUAUCUGCUAUCUGACAUUUAUGUCUUGAUAGUCUGUGGUCAGGUAUGUGGUCAAACCAGCUCUACCUAUUAGGACAGAGGUUCUCAAACCUUUUCACUCAGGCCUCCCUUCCAGCAUUGGGGAACAUCCCUGCCUGCCGACCCCUCGCCCCACAGUUUGGGAACCACUGUGUUAGGAUACCUAUGCUUUGCUGGUUGUUUUUGUUAGUAUCCUGUGUCACUUGUUUGGUUUGCCAGAGGGUGUGUGGAGAUAAUAUACCUAUCUGUCUAUCUCAGCUCACCUAGAUGCCAAGAAGGCCGGUGAUCUCUCCACUCUGUUUGACGUGGGAGGAAUUGUGGGUAUGUUCCCUUUUAGUUUUUUCAGUGGUUGUUUUUAGAUCUGAUUCUUUGGUAUGAAUCAAACAACUUUAUGAUCUGGAUAUUUGUAUGCUCCUGUGUGUGUUGUCAGAUAUUUGAUUUGUAAAGAUGAAUUAGGAAGUCCUGACAUCAUUCACACAUCAUUAUAAUUGAACUACCCCCAAACCACUAAUUUUAUCUUGAUUGUUGUGCUAAUCUCAUCUCUUUCUGUCUGUGUGUGUGUGUGUGUGUGUGUGUGUGUGUGUGUGUGUGUGUGUAGGGGGAAUCUUGGCUGGGGUCAUAUCUGAUAAACUGGGAAAGAGAGCCACCACCUGUGCAGUGAUGCUGCUGCUGGCUGCUCCUACAGUGAGUGCCUCUUUCCCUGUGUUGCUCUGUUUGUUUCUAUUUCUCUCUUUCUUCUCUCUCUUUCCCUCUCCGUUUCUGAGAAUCAAACCAACUAUCCUGGCGUUGCAAGAACCAUGCUCUUCCAACUGAGGUUCAGAAGACCACUGAGCUACAGAGGACCGUUGACCAUCUCAAUGGCUAAACAUAAGCAUGUAUCAUUUAAUCUUACAGGAGGACAUGAUUUUUAAAGUUCUUAUUUUUGUUCUGUAUCUCAGCUUUAUGGCUUCUCCAUGAUCAGCGAGUUUGGACUGGGACCGACCAUCGGUAAUGAUCCAUUUAUAUUAAUAAGUCCAGUUUUUGUUGCUCUUUUGUGAGAGGGAUUGUAGACUGACUUCAUGACAUCCCACUCCUGAGCUCGUUUACUUAUUGGCUGUGCUAUUCUGACUGUCAAUAACUCCCAGGUGAACAGAGCUAUGUCACAAGCUUGGUUGGUUUUGACAUUCAACCAACGAUCAAGUGAAUCAUGAUGUGAUGUCCAUUUUCCUCAUAGGUAUGCUACUGGUGUGUGGAGGACUAGUGAAUGGGCCAUAUGCCCUUAUUACAACAGCAGUGGCUGCUGAUCUGGUAAGUGUGUAGUGAGUGAGUCUUUCUCACUGUUGUUUUGCACUAAUGUUAAAUAAUCCUCCCUAGUACAGUUUUGUCUUUCUAACCUUUUAGAUCAGCCAUGCUAUGUCAGUAUUUCCUGUGUCUGUGGGCCUUUCUCUGACCUCAUAUCCUGUCCCUCUCUAUUUUGACCUUGGAACCUAGGGAACACACAAGAGCCUGAAGGGCAACGCCAGGGCUCUUUCUACUGUCACGGCCAUCAUUGAUGGCACAGGAUCAGUAGGUCAGUCUCUCCUGUCACCUCCAACCAUACCAGUAGAUCCUAUGUGAUAAAUUAGCUCCACGAGGGGAGAAUUUAGCAUAGGAUUAGCUCUGUGACUUACAAACUGUCCUGUGAUCGUGUUCUUCUCAGGUGCAGCAAUAGGCCCCCUUCUGGCAGGAGUGUUGUCGUCACAGGGCUGGGACCAGGUCUUCUACAUGCUGAUGGCAGCUGACUUCCUAGCACUGUUGGUAGGUGCUGAUGCUUGUUAAUAUUUGUCUUAUUUUGUAUGUGGAUCUUAUAAAAUGAGGCUUUGUGUGUGGAUGUGUUUUCUCUGUAGCUGUUGCUGCGGCUGGUGACGAAGGAGCUGACCUCUGGUAAUGUGGUUAAACCUCGUUCUGGCAGCACCACUGUAGAGUAAGUGAAUUCUCUCUGUUUGGUUUAUAUUCUACUUGUUGUAGUAUGGUGGUAUUGUGUUGUAUACAGGCUUGAUUAUGAUGACUGAUGCCACUGAUCAUGUUAUAUGUUGAUGAUCCAUGUUAAUGUCUAUGUUCUAUGAUCUAUGUUAAUGACUUGUAUUUAAUAUCUGAUUGUGUCUUUUUUAUAUUGUUUGCUGAUGACACCAACAUAUUUUUGUCUGAUAAAGACAGUCAGAAACGUAUCACUAAAUUAACUCCAAUACAAUUGUGAAAGGUAUUGGUGUCAUCAGAUGAAUGCAACAUCUUCCCAAUAAAAAAAUUAAUGGAAUCUGUACUACACCUUACUCUAUCCAUUUAUCUCAUAUUGUAAUGUAGUAUGGGUCAGUACUUAUAAAAGCAACCGCAAUAACAUCUUCAUUCUCCAAAAACUUUUUGUGAGGAUGGCAACUCACUCAGACAGUCGUGCCAGUUCCUCUCCACUCUUUCGUCGCCUUCAAAUCCUCAAUAUUUAUAUCAACCAACUUUAAGUCUCUGUUUGUAUUCCAAUUCAAAAUGAAUCUACACCCUGUUUCUUUUCAAAUGCUAUUCAAAUUCAAUACUCGGGUUCAUCAUUAUUCUAGAAGAACAGCCACCGAUCUCCACAUCCCUCCUUCUAUUCAAGAUUAGGUCAAUUUUCCAUAACUUAGAUUUUAAAAAAAUAUAUAUAUAUACAAAAAAUACAAACCUGCCAGUGGUGUGUUUCCACCAGACAGACUUGUUGUGGAUAAAACAUCAGUGCCUGAUGACGUAGUGCACACAAAAUGUACUUUUUCGCUUACGUUUUCAUGUACCGAAUAAAAAUCAAAAGUUCAAUGUGUUUCCAUCGCAUUUUCAACUCUACCAAUUUAGUUUUGUCGCAAACUGUAGCCUUAAAUAGUAAAUGUGCCUACUCUGGUCUUGGCACGUGCGCUCUAGCCAACAGCUGGCAGAUACUGUGCGGUUAGGCAAGUCUACAUGAUGAUAUUAUUAUGGAUAAGAGCGAGAAUAUCUUAUUUGUCAAGCAUCUCAUAAUGUCACCAGAAUAAGACCCUCAAUAUUUAUUGGAAAGGACCAUCAAGAUCACUGUGCACUUUCACCACCCUGUCAUCAUAACUUAUUUAGACUAUAGCCUAAUAAACUGCAUGGUUUCCCAAGUCGUAGUGGGAGGACCACACCAUAUCAUCGUGUGACUCCAAGUUUACUUCAAUAUGAUGGUUAUUAUAUCAAUAUUUGCGCAUAAAGGCAUUUCUACCACCGUUUCUCUUAUAAUUAAUUUUACCGACACAAAAAGAUUAUUGUCGAUGCUUGGCUGCUGUUUGACAAAUCAAAAUAAUCUUACUCUUUUGUCCAUAAUAAUCUCAUCAUGUAGGCUAUACCUGCACUGUAGCCUAAAUGUGAGCUGUUGACUAGAGCGCACGUGCCAAUACCAGAGUGGGCACACUCGCUAUAUAACGCAACAUUUUUGGUGAGAAAACCAUACAUAGAGUUGAAAAUGUGAUGGAAACCCAUUUAACUUGUUGUUUUUACGGUACAUCAGAAUUUUAACUGCAAAAGGUAUUUAUAUGUACAUUAGGUCAUCGCACACAGCCUUUUAUCAAUUUGAUGGUUGGAAAAUGCACAUUGUUUUUAUGCGGAUUUCUGAAUAUUCGCAUGGAAACCUAGCUAGUGAUCAAAGUCUGUUUUUCUGUUUCCGUCUUGUAGGAUGAAGGAGCACUAAGCACUUUGCACUAACUCUAGACCGAGAAGUGAACAGACUGGCCCUCUCAGCACAGACACACUGCAUCUUAUACCACUACCCUGGACUGGACCUUUUAACUGAGAUGAACUGAACCCACCCUGCCUGUGGUCAACUCUCUAUCUUAAUCCAUUCCCUACAAACCAGGGCACAGUUUUUCAAAAGUUAUCUGGAUUUCAAGUAAAUUAUUUGUCUGUUCUAUUAAUAUGCCUUUAAUCCUGUCUGAUAGGUUUUGAAAAACUGGGCCCAAGAGCUAGACCAUGUUCACAAAGAGACAUAGACAGACAACACUUCUUUCUAAAGGUCUGUUGUCACUGCGAUCUUGGCUGUACCUCCGUCCAUUCAGCAGUAGUUGACGUUAACUAGUGUGUAGCUGCAGCACCAAUUGGAACCGAAUGAAAGUCUAUGAAGAUUCAGUAGCGGAGAAUAACAAGCAACCAACCAAGCCAUCCUCUGAGCACAUACCACUUUUUUUUUUUACUUGUUCUACAGCACAUUGGGCCUUUAAAAAUAUAUUUUUUACUGUCACUUCUGCCUUAUGUAACCAAAGAUUGUGGUGAAAUGCAUAGUAAUUUAUAUGAAAAUAUUUAAAUGAUAUUUUCUUUUUUCUGGUGGUGAUCUAUGUAUGUUCUCUGUUUAGGAAGUAUAUGAAGGUACUGAUAUGUUGUAUUCUUAUAUGAUCAGCAAAUGAUGGUGCGGUUUGUUAUGUUUGGGGACUUGAAUACUACGAAUGUAACAUUUUGUGUUUGAGUAUGAAAUUCUAUAUACCAACUCCGAGGAGGAUCAACCAUUUUUCAAUCAGUUAUAUUUAUGCAGUGCAAUGUUGAAAACUGUGUGAUGUUCUUUAGUAUAUGUAGAAAAUACCAAAUGCCAUCACCCCAAACCUUAAAAUGCUCACAAAGUAAGAUAAUUCAUUCUGCCUUUAUUGUGAACAUUUUUAAAGGUGUUCCUGUGACUAAUGCUUGCUACCUCCGAGUCCUGCGAGUUUAAUGCGCCAAAUGAGUGAAGAAAGGUAGCCUAUGUACAGUGAGGGAAAAAAGUAUUUGAUCCCCUGCUGAUUUUGUACGUUUGCCCACUGACAAAGACAUGAUCAAUCUAUAAUUUUAAUGGUAGGUGUAUUUGAACAGUGAGAGACAGAAUAACAACA